UAGUCAAGGCUGAGCACGCCGGGAGCUUGGAUCGGUGCGGAGGCCUGCAAGGAAGACACCGGAUUUAUCCGUGUGAUGCCCGGUGACAUCUGACAUCAGACACGGGAUCGCGCCCGCCCGCACAGGAAGCUGGAGGGAGCCGUAUCUCCGCAUCAGUGCCAUGAAUCUGUCGUACCUGAGUUUCGGAGCUUGGCUACUCUUUGUAGGAUCUACCAGGGCAAGCCCUGCAGAUGAAAGCGCCCGGGGCAGCCGUACUGACCACGGGGAUGCUGCCUUGGAUGAGAAGCACCAGGACACCUAUGGCACAUUUGCAUCUGAAUUCUACGAUUUAAGAUACCUGUCAGAAGAAGGUUAUCCUUUUCCAACUGCACCUCCUGUAGAUCCGUUUGCCAGAAUACGGAUAGAUGAUUGUGGGAAGACAAAGGGCUGCUUUAGAUAUGGCAAACCUGGAUGUAACGCAGAGACCUGCGACUAUUUUCUGAGCUAUCGUCGCAUAGGCGCAGAUGUAGAGUUUGAACUGAGCGCUGAUACGGAUGGCUGGGUAGCUGUUGGUUUUUCCUCUGAUAAAAAAAUGGGAGGGGACGAUGUCAUGGCUUGUGUACAUGAUGACAACGGAAGGGUACGAAUACAGCACUUCUAUAAUGUUGGUCAAUGGGCUAAAGAGAUUCAGAGGAAUCCCGCCAGGGAUGAGGAAGGAGUGUUUGAAAAUAACCGAGUAACCUGCAGGUUUAAACGUCCUGUCUCUGUCCCCAGAGAUGAAACCAUAGUGGAUUUGCACUUGAGCUGGUACUUCUUAUUUGCAUGGGGCCCAGCCAUUCAAGGAUCUAUAACACGACAUGACAUUGACUCACCUCCAGUCUCAGAGAACGUGGUCAGUAUUUAUCGAUAUGAAGACAUUUUCAUGCCAUCGGCAGCCUACCAGACUUUUUCCUCUCCUUUCUGCCUUCUACUCAUCGUUGCUCUCACCUUCUACUUGUUGAUGGGAACUCCAUAAAAGUUUCUAAUGUGCCAUCAAAUUUGGGAACUUUUUGGUGCCAUUUUGCGCUGGAAUGAACUGACUUUUUAGGUUGUUCCAAAAAUGAAUAAGCUCAUAUUAAAAGUAUUGAAAGAAAAAAUAUAUUUUUAAUCAGACAAAAUAUUGAUAUGACAUAUACUUAAAAGAUGAUGUGUGAUUAACUGUUUAUGUAGGUUUAUACUACAUUACAGCUACUUGGUUCAAGAUGUCGUGGGCAAGAUGGGAUGUGUCCAUAGGCC